AUGUCUGACGCCGGACGCAAGAGCUUCACCGACAAGGCCUCGGAGCACAUGACUCCAGACUCCACCAAGUCCACCACUGAGAAGACCAAGGAGGCUUUCACCGACACCACCGACAAGCUUGCCCGCGGCAUGCAAACUGACGACUCCAAGUCCACCAGCCAGUCUGUGACCGACAAGGCUUCCCGCAGCAAGGACGAGCACGUCCACGGUGGCAGCGGCGAGAGCGUCCUCGACAAGGCCAAGAACGCCCUCGGCAUGGGUGACAAGCACUAG